AGACCAUAAAAGAUACUCCCUAUGCAAAAAAAGCAUCUAGUUACGUUAAUAUUAUAAAUGAAUUACGUCGUAUCGGCGCAGACUUUGCAGUAGAUCUACCAAGAAUCGUUUUUUGCGGUAACCAAUCCGCUGGAAAGAGUAGUUUGAUAGAAGCAAUUUCGGGAGUAAAACUACCUAGAUCAGACGGGACAUGUACCCGUUGUGUAAUGGAACUUAGACUUAGCGAAUCAGUCGAAGAAUGGUCGUGCCAAGUUUUUUUAAGACAAGAAUAUGAUGAACAUGAAAGACGUCUUAACCGUCCCAUAGAGACAAAAUUUGGUUCCUUAAUUGUUGAUCCAAAUGAAGUCGAACUAAUGGCACGUAGGGCACAAAAGGCCUUACUAAAUCCAAGGCAAAAUAGUGAUAAAUAUUUUAAUUGGGACUUUGGUGAUCAUAAUUAUGAGGAUGAUUCACAAUCGAAUGCUAUUAAAUUUACAAAAAAUGUCGUUUGUAUUCAAAUCAAAGGACCUGAUGUCCCAAAUCUAAGUUUGAUAGAUUUACCAGGAAUUAUAAGAUAUACAGAAAAAUUGGAAGACGAAAAAUUUAUUGUUCUAAUUGAAGAACUUGUCAAUGAAUAUAUUCAAAAAGAAAAAUCUAUUAUUGUUGCGACAAUUUCAUGCAAGGAUGAUAUUGAUAAUCAAGCUAUUGUUAGCUUGGCAAAAAGUGCUGAUAUUUCGGGUAUACGAACGCUUGGAGUUCUCACCAAACCUGAUACUAUUGAAGAAGGAACUCAUGAUAAAUGGUUAAAAAUAAUGAGAAACGAAGCACAUAGACUUGAUUUAGGUUAUUUUGCAGUAAAGAAUCCAGCACAAAAACAUCUUAAUGACGGCAUUAGUUUUGAGGAUGCUAGGCAAGAUGAAAUAAAUUUUUUUGAACAAGGUCCCUGGAAGAAUUUUAGAUUACGAGAAAGAAUCGGUGUGGUGAAAUUAAGACUAAAAUUGUCCGAUUUGCUUAUUCAAUCCAUUAUAAGAGGAUUGCCAUCUGUUAGAAAAGAGAUUGAAACCAAGUUGUCUGAGACGCGUCAAGAACUGGAGGAAAUUCCUGAACAAUUAAGUGAUAAUCCGAGAAUUGAGAUCUAUAGAAUGGCCAAAAAGUGUUCUACAAUUAUUAAGUCAAAAACUACGUGUUCAAACAAUCAAGUAGAUUUAUGGCAAUCUAUAAACAAAGAAUUUGAAUUUUUCAUGAAAGAGCUGCACACUUCGAGGCCAAUAUUCACCGUUGGUAAUAAUGAAACGGAAAUUGAUUUAUUAGACGAGUUUAUUAAGACAAAAGUUAUUGAAAAAAAUUAUUCAAAGUCGACUAUUUAUAGUACCAAUACUACCGAACAUCUGUCACGUGUUAAAUUUACGGGAAAGUUCAAAGAAAAAAAUUUACAAAAGAUAUCUGAAACUCUAGUCAAAGAAAAGAUUAAAACUUUUCGUGGAAGAUUAUUACCCGGAUUUAUUCCGACUUCUGUCGCAGAAUCUUUGAUAAAGGAAACAAAUAUAAAUUGGAAAACACCAGCAAUUAAUUGUUUAAAUGCCAUUCAUUUAAUUGUUCUAAAAUUGGUUAAUGAAAGCAUCGAUAAUACAUUUUCAAGAUUCCCUAAUCUAAUCGGACAAAUAAGGUAUAUUGCUAAUUCAUGGUUAGAUGAAUGUAAGAAUUUAACCAUGAAAUAUAUCGACUUUUUAUACCAAAUGCAAUCAUCCGAUCCAUUUACACUCGACGAACGGUCGAUAGCAUCUCAAAAAUCGAUAUAUCUAAGUGCUUUUAAUGAAAUCCUACAACAUGAAAAUGGAAAUCAAGAGCCUACAAGCACUUUAGAAAUUAUGGCGUUAAUCAUGGCUUAUUUUAAAAUUUCACUUAAUCGAUAUGUAGAUGUUAUAGCUAUGACUAUUAUUCAUGCAUUCAUCGAUGAAUUUACUAAAUAUAUUGAAGAGAAAAUGAUAGAAAUUUGCAUUCCUGAUGGGAAAUAUUCGUUAGACGAAUUGAUUAAGGAGGAUGAUUCUAUUAAGCAUCAUCGUGAUUAUUUGGUUAAUC